AUGGAAGCAGCCGACGGGGAGAACGCUCUGCUUCUUCAUCUCCAACCUACUCCGCCGGUACUCUUUGUCUUCUCUUACUCAGCUGUUGUGCUUUCUGAUGCUUACUCAGUUGUAGCUUCGGAGUACGCAAGUGAUGGAUCAGUUGAUAUCAACAAACAACCUGCUCUCAAGAAAAGUACAGGGAACUGGAGGGCAUGCUAUCCCAUCUUAGGUGUUGGAUUCAGUGAAUGCAUGCUGUUCUCUGCAAUCGCGACGAAUUUGGUGACCUUACUCACCACUGUGCUCCACGAGAGCAAAGUGGAUGCAGCGAGAAAUAUCUCCUCCUGGGCCGGAGUGUGCUACCUCACACCACUUCUUGGGGCUUUCGUUGCGGACAGUUACUUGGGAAGAUACUGGACCAUGGUCGUAUUCCUCCCGUUCUACAUCGUGGCAAUGCUCGUCCUGAUAUCUUCAGCAUCACUCCCAAUGUUGUUCCAGAGCGACGUUCACCCUGCACUGGUUUACCUUGGUCUCUACCUUGCCGCCAUUGCCAGCGGUGGUGUCAAGCCCUGCAUCUCUGCCUUCGGGGCUGACCAAUUUGACGUCAAUGACCCGGUGGAGCUGGUGAAGAAGGGCUCCUUCUUCAACUGGUACUUCUUCCUCACCACCACCAGCUCCCUGCUGUCUGGCACGGUCAUUGUUUGGCUUCAGGACAAUGUUGGGUGGGCAGUCAGCUACGUGAUCCCAACAGUGCUCAUGUUCAUCUGUUUCCCUGCAUUUUUAGCUGGCUCGAGGGUAUACAGGUUUAGGAAAAUGGGAGUAAGCCCCCUUACCAGCAUACUUCAAGUGGUUUUUGCAGCUGUCAGGAAGUGGCAUAUCAAACUGCCGGAUGAUAGCUCGCUUCUAUAUGAGCAGGCCAAUUCACCUUCUACAACUGAAGCAAGUCAUAAGAACAAGCAUACCAAUCAGUUCAGGUUCUUUGACAAGGCUGCCAUUGUCGUCCCAUCAGGCAACGAAUCCACGGCGCAGACGAGUCCAUGGAGGCUCUGCACAGUGACACAGGUCGAGGAGCUAAAGAUGCUGCUUUCGACGCUCCCUACCUGGGCGUCGUUCGUGGUUUUCUACGCAGUCACGGCUCAGAUGCAGUCGACGAUGAUCGAGCAAGGCAUGCUCAUGGAUAACCACGUUGGCUCGUUUGCCAUCCCACCGGCGUCCAUGCCCAUCAUUGCUGUGCUCAGCUUCCUCAUCUGUGUCGCCGUCUAUGAAACCAUCCUAGUGCCGUCGGCGCGGCGCUUCACCGGAAACGAGAAAGGCUUCUCCCAGUGGCAGCGCCUCGGAAUCGGCCAAGCUCUGUCCAUUCUGACAAUGGCGCUUGCUGCGUUGCUGGAGACAAGGAGGCUGGCGAUCGCGGAAGCCAACGGCCUGAGGCAUCAGGAGGUGCCGGUGCCAAUGAGCAUCCUGUGGCAGGGCCCAGUUUUCUUUGUGCAUGGUGCGGCCGAGAUGUUUGGUUCCAUUGGCAUGACUGAGUUCUUCUACGACCAAGCCCCGGUGACCAUGAAGAGCCUGUGCGCAGCGUUCGGGCAGCUCGCGAUUGCCUCCGGGUCUUACUUCAACUCAGCCGUGCUCAGCGUCGUUGCAUUUGCCACAACACGCGGCAGCCAAACCGGGUGGAUUCCGGACAACCUCAACGAAGGCCAUCUCGACUAUUUCUUCUGGAUGAUGGCCGCUCUUAGCUUGCUCAACUUAGCUCUGUUUGUGCGUUACUCAAUGAGGCAUAGAGGCAAGGUAACAUAA